AUGGUUCAAAGAGUGACUGCUACACAAUUUGGUUACGAUGGUCUUUGGGAGAAAUUGCGAAACAGUUUGAAACAAUUCAAAGAAAAAUGUGCAAAUGUAGUCGUCGUAUUUGAUGGUGUUUCGAAACCCAAUAAACAUCGACGAGUUGAUCCUGAACGAGCUAGUAGUGUGAAAUUCAAUGAUGAUGGUUGUGGUCUACCGUCUCUUCUUCGUGACGAAUUCUUACUUGUUCUAUAUAACUUACAAAUCCAAGUACACGUAUCUUCAGGCGAAGCCGAUCCUAUGAUUGUGAAAAUGGCUCGCAAACACGAUGCCUAUAUUGUUGCGCGUGAUUCAGAUUACUAUCUAUACGAAGUCAAGAAAGGAUAUGUUCCACUUUCGUAUUUGACAUUUCCAACACUUGAUGGACGAUAUUAUCAUAUGAGGGACGUUUUCCAAGGUAUGACACAAAAAAGUGUGGCGCUCUGGGCAACAACUAUUGCUUUUGACUUUAUUGAUCUUGAAGCUAUACAGAAUCAGUGUUCUAUGAUAAAUGCAUUUGACAAAAAACAAUUCAAUCGUUGGUUGAAAAAUACCGAUUCAGACGAUGAGAAACAACGAAGACUCAGUUGCCAGUUUAGUCUACUUCGUUACAUUCAACAAGUGGGUGAAAUUGAAGCAUAUAAGAAACUAAUCACAUUGGUUUCUCAAAAUCAAUUAGAAUUCGAUGAUGCAAUGCAAAGUCACAUCGAUCUUGCGUUCGAAACAUCACUAAUGACACAACAUGGCAACGAAAUUCCUGAAUUUCUAAUUAAACUUUACAGCAAUGGCAAGCUUGAUCGUGCUGUUAUUGAUAUUCUCGUUACCAGACAAAUCUUACACAAUUGGCAAGGAACUAAUUUAAUACAUUUUAAUUUACUUCUACCAAUGUGUCACAUCCUUUUCAAAUGGGAUUAUUCGAAAGCAAAAGCUACAAAUCACUCGUCUACUGUGAUUUUCAAUGAACAAACAUUCAAUCCACUUGAACUUAUUCCAUCUGAUGAUUUGCCUUCAUUUGAUGAAUUUCUUUAUUUCGAUGAAAGCAAAAGAAAAGGCUUUGUUUUGGGUUGCGUUGAUUUCGCUCUCAAAUCUCUGGGAUCUCUCAAAUGGGACGAUGUUCAUCGAGAUUAUAAACUUUGGCUUUGUCUUCUGAAGCUCUGGCUUCACACAAAAGAGACAAAGUCAGUUGUGGUCGUAGCAACAUGUCUGGCAAUGAUUAUUUCAUUUCUCAAGCAUGCUCUUCUCGAUACAUAUGAUGAAACAGAAGGUGAUUAUCGUAACCGAAACUUCUGCAAAGAGAUAAUUCAGUCAUUGUCUAAAUGA